AUGCCUGCACCCCGCGUCGCCGUCGUCGCCCCAGGCGCAAUGGGCGCCGCCGUCGCGAAGCGGCUCACCUCCGCCGGCUGCACCGUCCUCACCACCCUCGAAGGUCGUUCCCCGGCAUCGCGCAGACGCGCCGAGGACGCUGGCAUGCACGACGCGCCGCUCCCGCGUAUCGCGGCCGAGUCCGACUGGGUGCUCAGUAUCCUCCCGCCGAGUGAUGCGUAUUCGUUCGCGGAGAAGUUCGUGGACGCGUACCAAGGGAAGCGCAGUGUCGGCUUCGCGGAUUGCAACGCCGUGAACCCGGGGACGGUGAAGAAGAUUAGGGACCUCUUUAAAGGGACAGAUGUUAGGUUUGUGGACGCUGGGAUCAUCGGUGGCCCGCCCAAGGAGGGCUACGACCCUACGUUCUACGCAUCCGCGGAUAGCGAGGACGUGCUGAAGUCGUUCGUUGCGCUGGGACAGUAUGGGCUGAAGAUUACCCCGCUUGAGGGCGCGGACAGCAGUGUUGGUGACGCCAGUGCGCUCAAGAUGUCUUAUGCAGGCCUGUCGAAAGGCAUUAUUGGCCUUACGGCAACUAUGAUUCUCGCCGCCCACGCCUCUUCCCCUACAACCGCCCGCGCCCUCCUCAACGAAAUGCACAUAUCCCAGCCCGCCCUCCUCGCCCGGAGUACCACCAGCCUCCCAAACAUGCUGCCCAAGGCCUACCGCUGGGUCGGCGAGAUGGAGGAGAUCGCCGAGUUCGUUGGCGGACCCCAGGGAGAUAUAUACAAGGGCCUCGCGCGCACGUUCGAGCGCGUCGAGGCCAGCUUGAAGGAGAAGGACGGCGGGGGAGAGGAUGUGCAGGUGCUGAAGGAGUGGGUGGAGAGCGCGAAGAAGGAGCUGGAGGGGGAUACUAGUAAGGAGGGUCAGUGAGGCUGCGAUCAUGGUUCGGGCGGUCUCGCGUUCGUCUGGAUGAAUCUGUAAGUGUUAUUAUCAUUGACCUCCAAGUAGAUCCAUGUAUUUGUAUUUUCGGCUCAGUGUACGCUCUUUACUCGCCCAUAUCCCAAGUCGCCCUCGUCUUGUCUCAAGUGAGUACUGCAUGUUGUUCGCC